AUGGCGACCGCAUAUGGUGUGGUGAGCGACUUUGCUAGUCCCUCAGAGAGAGAAGCAGUCGUAGGCUUUAUCUUCGUCGGGUAUCAGUCAAUCCAGCUUCUUCAACGCAACACUCGAAGCUUAUGGAUUCAUAGUCCCAGUACAGCUCCUCUUUUCGGCCCCAUCAUCGGUGGAGCACUCGCACAAUACCUGGUCUGGCGUGCGGUCUCCUGGCUCCUGACCUUCUUUCCAGAAACAUGCCGAAGCAUUGUGGGUAGUGGGAGGAUUCCCGCGACAGGUCUCAACAGAAAUUUGCUAGACUAUCUUUGGCUUGAGAAGUGCCUCCAGGCAGGAAGUAAGGAGACGCUGUCGAAGCGCAAGUUCGGGGUUCCCAGUCCCAUGACCAGUGUCUACAUCAUCUUCCACCGAGACACGUUCUUGAUCAUGAUGUCGUAUGGAGUCUUCCACACGACAUGCUUUUUUAUCCUAGCAUCGACAUCGUCGCUGUUCAUGGAGCGCUAUCAACUCAACGGAGUGCAGGGUGGGCUGAUGCACUUCCCUAGUGGACUUGGAUCCAAAGCCCACGACUUCGUCGUUGACAAAGUCGGUGGGGACGAUCUUUCGAAUUUCCCAAUUGAGAAAGCUCGGCUAAGAAGUUUGUGGUAUAUCAUUUCUCUAUGUGCAAACAUUGCCAUACCACUACUAUUCCAAUUCUUCGUCGGCACCGGCUCAGUAGCUGUCUUCAACACUUUGCAAACCCUGCUAGUCGAUCUAUACACUGAUAUUGCUGCCAUAGCUCAAGCUGGACUCAACGUGGUCCGAUCCAGUCUAGCAGCGUGCGGCACGGCAGCGCUGCGGAUUAUCAUGGACUAG